AUGAGGAACUCCUGUACUUUUCCGGCAUUUUCUUUCUGGGCUGCCAUCUUUCUCCUGCUAAUUCCUGAAGAUUUCUGUGAAAAGAUCAUUGGCGGACAUGAUGUGGAACCUCACUCAAGACCCUACAUGGUUCUACUUAAUUCAAAAAAAAAACUUUGUGCCGGGGUUUUGAUUAGGGACGACUGGGUCUUGACUGCAGCUCACUGUGACAUGAACACGAAGUCUCAGAUCAUUCUUGGGGCUCACUCAAAAACCAAGAAUGAGCCAGAGAAGCAGAUAAUGACCCUCAAGCAACAGUUUCCUUAUCCAUGCUAUGAUCCAGAAACACAUGAGAAUGAUCUUAAACUUAUACAGCUGAGCAAAAAAGCAACACUUAAUAAAAACGUGGCUAUCCUUCCUUUACCUAAAAAGGGGGGUGAUGUGAAACCACAAACCAAUUGUCGUGUUGCAGGGUGGGGGAAGGUUGGCAAUAAAAAUUCUUCAUCAGACACUCUGAAAGAAGUCGAAGUCACUAUCAUUGACAGAAAAACCUGCAAUGAUCGCUAUAAUUAUAACCCUGUGAUUGGACUGGCUAUGAUUUGUGCCGGGAACUCCAGCGGUGGAAAGGACUCAUGUGAAGGAGACUCCGGCAGUCCUUUGAUAUGUAACAAGAUUCUCAGAGGCAUCACUUCCUUUGGCCGCCCAGGGAAAUGUGGAGAUCCUCGCUCACCUGGCGUCUAUGCUCUUCUUGCAAAGAAGCACCUCAUCUGGAUAAAAAAAACUAUGCAUGGAGCAGUUUAG